AUGGACAAAGCCAAGAAGACGUCAUCAGCCACUACGGGAACGGACGUCAUAGCUAAAGCAUCACCGGUGCCCAAACCAACAUCGCCAGCCAAACCAACACAGCCGGCCAAGCGCCUGAAUCCGCCACCAAAACCUGUUGCGCCAGCCGUGCCUAAAAGUGCCCCUCCCCCUCUACCAAGC